UAAAGCAGUCACUGUGUAGACAAACUUUUGUUUGAUAGCUCAUGUCGAGCAACACCUCACGUUAGAAUUUGUUCGAUUUUUCCUUGAAUUUUCGGAGCCACUCAUAACUUCGUCAAUUUAAUUGAUCUAAAUAUUUUUUUAAUCGUUACGUAGAAAAUAACCAUGCAGUGGAGUUGUUGAUUCAUGUGAAUACGGCGUGAGAGGAAGAAGAGAGGUUAUGAAGCCGGUAUUAGGUUAUCUCCUGAUCGAGAACAAUAUUUGUUGCUCAAUAGAUAUAUAUAUUUAUCAACCAGUUAUUUGAUAUUCAAUUAAUAUUUUUAUUAUGGAUUAUGGACAAUUGAAAACAUAUCAGCAGGAGCUUUUGUCUCAGGCUCUCAAUGAGGGUAUUAGACGCAACAAUGAACAAGUGAAAACCUGGAAUGACUACAAGAAGCGCCAUGAGAAAGUACUUGAGGGAUUGGGCAUACUGCCACACGAUUUAUCACUGAACUGCAUGGUGCCAAUGGGUAAACGUGCCCUAAUGCGCGGCAAAUUAGUUCAUACUAAUGAGAUCAUGGUUUGCCUUGGUGAUGGAUACUUUGCCAAAUACAGUGCCUCACAGGCCAUUGCUUUGUGCAAUCGUAGAAUUCAAAAAGCCAAUGAGAUGCUGGAAAACUUGGAGAAAGAGAGAAACUUGUAUGAGAUGAGACAGACUAUUGCGGAUACUUUCGAUGUGUUUGGUGAUAAUAAUAAGAAGGAUUUACAGGAGCACUGGGACAAUGAAAAACUUGAGAAUUGGAGAGACGAGCACAGAAAACGCGAAAAGGAUUACAGACAGAAAUUGGUACAACUGAAAAAUGAGAAGAAAGAAGAGAUAAAAACAGAAGAGGAUUUGUUCAAAAGAUUAGAUGCCCUGGAACUUCAAGAGGAGUUGGAGGACGAAUUAUACAAGUUAGAAGAAGAGAAUCCCGACUUUUACACUCAACAGCCGGACGAUGAGGAAUAUUACGAUGAAUCAGAAGUAGAUUCAGAAUCGUAUUCUUCCGAUUACUCCGAAGAAGCGAUGAAUGAAAUAAUAGAGAAAAAAUCUACUAAAUUAAAUCAUCGUCUUCAAGUAUUGAAUAGUGUGAAUACGUGUCAAUUGAAUACAAGAAACGAUGACAUCCACAGUAGGACAAUAAACUACACUAGUACAAAUGGAAAUGAGGCAUCGCCGGAUGAAUUUCAAUUAUGUGAUUUAGACAAAUCUAAAGGCAGUACUUUAGAUAGAUUAGAAGUGAGGGAAAAAAAGGUGGCAUUUGCUGAGCCACAGGUGAAAUAUUUUAGUAAUGAAGAGGAGAUGGAGGUUAAUACUGAGAAGAGGCGGGUGUCAGUGAGAGAACAGAGAUUAUACGAAUACUCGAAGGAGGACGAUGAGUCUGAGGAUGAGAGCGAUGAGGAUGAUACGAUUAGAAUUUAUAUUACACAUUCGGAUAAAGAAUCUGACGUUUCUAUUAGCGAAGGAACUAACAUUGUGAGUCCUCGUGACAUUUAUAAAUUAAUCCCGGGGCCUAAAUCUAUAUUGAAGAAAACUUUGAAUAAUAGUAGUUGCAGUAAAGAAAUUCCACAGCUAACUGAAGUCACUACUGAGGAAUCCAGUGAAAAUGAGUUGGAGCCAGUAUCUGCGUACAAUACUAUUGUGAAGGAAGUCAAAGAGCACUCAGCACCGAGUGGUCAUGUCAAGACAGUGGAACCCCAAAAGAAAAGAGUUAGUAAAUUCAAAAUGGAACGAAUUGGACCGAAAAAAUGAAUGAUCUUGACAAUACAAAGUGUUUUUGAUCUGCCAAUUCACUGUAUAUUCACUAAGACCCUUCUCUUGGGUAAAUAUAUUGUUAUACAGAAAACACAAAACUACUUAUUUAAUAUAUGAAUCCUUUAUGAAUAUUUGCUCUA